UAUAACUGUCAAUGAAUGGAUAAUAUAUACGCAGUCUCCCACUACCCGGAGAACGUGAUUGACGGACGAAUUAUCCAAUCGUCCACCUCCUUUCGCCACCUGUCAAAAGUAAAAGCCAAUAAGAUAAAAGAGGAUCCGGAGCUAAAAUGGCCAACAUCACAGCUCGAGUUGAUACGUGUCAGCACUAUCGUUAAAAGAUCGAUAAACAGACCGGCAGGAAUGUUUGUGAACUCAAGCGCUUCAGAUGCAAAAAGGCACUUUAGUAAAUGUGUUCUUGUAACUGGAGGUGCUGGAUUUAUUGGCUCACACGUGGUUGUUGCACUUGUAGAAAAAUACCCAGAAUGGCAGAUUAUCAACUUGGACAAGCUGGAAAAGUGCUCAAGUUUGAAGAAUGUCUCAGCUGUCGAACACUGCUCAAAUUAUAAAUUCAUACAGGGAGAUGUAUGCGAUCUGUAUCUGAUAAAUUGUCUUUUUGAGACUGAAGAGAUUGACAUCGUCUUUCAUUUUGCUGCCCGGUCGCACGUAGAUGACUCCUUCAGGUGUCCCAUGGAGUUCCAGAGUGUUAACGUGGAGGGAACCCGUGUGCUGCUCCAGGCAGCACAUAAGGCUGGGGUCAAACGGUUCAUUUAUGCGAGUACAGACGAGGUGUAUGGGGAAAGCACUAAGCAGGAACAUGAUGAAUUUAGUCCACGGAGACCAACAAAUCCAUACUCUGCCUCAAAAGCUGCUGCAGAGUCAGCCGUGCUGUUUUACUGGAAGAAAUAUAGGUUUCCUGUAAUAGUGACGAGAAGCAACAAUGUUUAUGGACCAAAUCAGUACCUGGAAAAGGUCAUCCCAAAAUUUAUUUCUCUUCUGGAGCAGAAUAAGAAGUGCACGAUUCAGGGCACAGGCCUCCAGUCCCGGCAUUUCCUGUAUGCCACGGAUGCCACUGAGGCCUUCCUCACUGUGCUGGAGAGGGGAGACCCAGGAGAGAUUUACAACGUGGGCUCCGACUUCGAACUGUCGAUCAUCCAGCUUGCCAGACAGCUGAUUAAGCUGAUGAAGAGCACAUCGAUGCUGACUGAUCCUGAUGACUGGCUCAGCUUUAUCAAAGACCGCCCCCACAAUGAUCUGAGGUAUCCAAUGAACUGGGACAAACUGCGGAUGCUUGGCUGGAAGCCCAGGGUCACCUGGCAGGAGGGGAUCCGGAGGACUGUGGAUUGGUACAAAGAGAACCCAGAGCACUGGUGCACUGAGGAAUGUGGGGUGCGGAUCAGCCAGCCGCAGACCCAGAAACAGCCUGGCAUACUGAGAGCACCAUAUCCUCCCCAGCACCUUUGCGAUUUCACUUAAUCGUUCUUCCUCAUUAUGUGGCUCACUCACCAUGAAAUCAUGUGCCUUACUAUAUUGUAUUUAAUGAUGAAUAAAAUGUUUUACUACACAAA